CGGUGGAGAUCGAGGCGCGUUCUAAACUACCACUACCGGUCGCGCCCCCGGCCAACCCCAUAAGCCUGCCUACUAACUGACGGGCCUUCAAGAACUGCUGGGGUUCCCGCGAAUAGGUUGGACAGCUUAGCUCUCAAGAUGGCAGCCCCCACUGCUUCCGACCAAAUGGAUCCCCAAGUCAUGUCCCAGCUCCUCCUGACUGUGGCCAUGGAAAACCUGGGCCUCGCAGGCUUCACUGGAAUGAGUAGAAUCAAAAGGAGGUCAUUCCCUACCUCACUAUUGGACGACUCACAAUGGACCGAGAAAAAAGACCCCCGGCACCUAUUCAAAAUGCAGGCGCCAGCUGCUUGGACGGCGGCCUGUCCUUUGUGUAGUGCCGAAGGCCCAGAAUGGGCUCAAGUGGUGCAGGAGCCCCCAUUCUCAAUCCAGAUCCAUUCUGAAACGUCCCACGGCAAAAUUGUCGUCCAGCCAUUCUUACACGGGAGGUCCCACACGGACUGGGACGACGCCUGGGGCAAACGGAGUGGCCGAGCAGCGUUUUCCCGCCGCUUCCGCGCGCUCAAGGGGAUCGCUCUAAAGAAGGACUUGAAAGACCAGGAACUGUUGGCAGCGUCUGUGGGCAACUUGGAGUGGCUGCAUCAAUGCCUGAGGUCGUUCAAGGGCGAUAUCCAGUGUGACCGCAGGGGCUUCUCAGCCCUCCACCUGGCAGCCGAACGGGGCAACCUGCAGUGUGUGAUAGCGCUCGUGGAGCAGUACAAGUUCCCCCUGGCGGCCACCACGAAAAAGGGCUGGACGCCCCUUCACCUGGCUCUUACCAGGAACUCUCCGGGCGUGGCCCUCAAAUGUGUUCAGUAUCUCCUGAAUAAGGGCGCUCCGGUCAAUGUACGGAAUCAAAAUGGCGUUACGCCUCUGCACCUGGCAGCCUUGGAGGGCAUGCUGGAUUGCUUAAAGUUCCUGGUGAAAGCAGGAGCUGAUGUCCAUGCCGUCGACAACCAGAAGCGGAAGGGCAUUGACUUAUGCAGGAUAUGGCACCACCGAGAGUGUGCCCGGUUCCUGAAGGAUGCCAUGUGGAAACAAGACAAGGAAGAGUGGGCCAUCGAGAUGAAUCGACUGAACCAGCUUAAAAAGAAACUGCUGGUCAUGGAGAAGAAUUACCUCCUUAAAAAGAAGAACGAGAAGGACGCCCGAAACAAAGAGGCCUUCGAGAAGUGGCGCAAAUCUAAGCCUCUGCCCAAAUUGCCCAUGAUUAAGGCCCCUGUGCCCUCCCCGGUCUCGGAGGAAUCCCCCAGGAGCAUAAACGACCUGCCGGGAACUCCCCCAGACACAACAGAAACUCCAGCCAUCACGAAGGAAUCCCCCCGGGCCACAAAGGAAUCCCCCCGGGCCACAAAUGAAUCCCCUGGGGCCACAAAGGAAUCCCCCCGGGCCACGAAGGAAUCCCCCCAGGCCACGAAGGAAUCCCCCCGGGCCACGAAGGAAUCCCCCCGGGCCACGAAGGCAUCCCCCCGGGCCACGAAGGCAUCUCCCCGGGCCACGAAGGCAUCUCCCCGGGUCACGAAGGCACCCCAGGGAGCCACCAAGGAGAAGGAAUCUCCCCAGACCACGAAGGAAUUCCCCCAGGUCACAAAGGAAUCCCCCCGGGUCAUGAAGGAAUCUCCCAGGGCCACGAAGGAAUUCCCCCGGGGCAGGAAGGAAUCCCCCCUGGACUCGAAGGAAUCUCCGCAAGCCAGGAAGGAAUCCCCCCGGGUCGCGAAGGAAUCCCCCCGAGUUGCAAAGGAAUCCCCCCGGGUCGCGAAGGAAUCCCCCCGGGUCGCGAAGGAAUCCCCCCGGGUCGCGAAGGAAUCCCCCCGGGUCGCGAAGGAAUCCCCCCGGGUUGCAAAGGAAUCCCCCCGGGUCGCGAAGGAAUCCACGGGACUUCGGAAGAAGGGCACCCAGCUCCAGAAGUCUCUUGUGACGAAAGAGGCCCCCAGAGUUAAGAGGCACCCCCCAGGCACGAGGGCCCUGGCCCCGCUGAGACCUCACCCUCCCUCCAAGCCCCGGCCCGCUUUGGCUCGGCUGGGCCGUCGGAGGCUCUUCCCCUCUCCCAGAGCCCAGCCCAGCCCAAGCUCCUGGACCGUUCUCCCGUCUUUGAGCCCCCUCAUUUCCAGCUCCCGGAUCCACUCCGGCCUGCGCUCCCUGUCCGGCUCCCAGCCCGCCUGGAGCUCCCGGGCCCCGUCGGGGCUGGACAGCCUCCGCCCUCCUGUCGUCAUCCCCCAGCCCGAGCCCUCUAUCUCCGAGGCCGAGUCCACCUCGUCCCAGCGCCCCCCGUCCACCUCGUCCCAGCGCCCCCCGUCCACCUCGUCCCAGCGCCCCACGUCCCACGGCUCGAUGGCGCCCCCCGAGCGCCCUCCCUUGGACUCGGGGCUGCCGGUGGCCACGCCUGCCCCCAUGUCCCUCCUGGACCGCUACAUGGCCGACGUGCGGCUGAGGGUCCCGCGGCCCCGGCCCCGGCCGCGGUGGCGACCCCAGUUCUCCUGGGUGACCAAGUGGAACCCGAGCACCAACCUCGCCACGCGGCCCGUCACGCAGAUCGCGCGGAUCCCCGACCUCUGCCUGGGCUUGCAUCCGGACCCGCUGACCGAGCCGCACAACUUCCGCAAAUUCCUCAGGUUCGUCCCCAACGGCGAGGGCGGGAUGCUGAUCCAGACAGCCGACCGCCAGUGGAUCUUCCCGGUGCCACAGCUGCCCUACGAAGUCCUGCUCCGAGAGCUGUGCCCGCCCAAGAAGCCGGGCCGCGGCAGGCUGCCCAUGGGGCUGCGGCGCACCCACUUGCCGGACCUGCCUCGGAGGCGCUACUUCGGCCCCCAGUACUUCUGGACCGACGCCAUGGCCAUGAGCCUCCGGGACACCUUCGACCCCGCCUUCAUCUCCACGGUGCGGAAGCACCAGGGGCUCCCCGAGUCCUCCACCCCCAGCCUCUCCUCUCUGGCCCUCAGACAGUGCUUGGCCAUCUUCUUUUGCCUUUGCCACCCCCUCCCCCACCGAUAAAAGCGUUUUCUUGACUUGGC